AAUGAGCACAUUCUCUUGGGGCAAGCCUGGAAGCAGAGGAGUGGCAAGGUCAGGGUGCUGGAUCCAGAGGUGCAAGGAUGCAGAACAGAGCUGGCCUAAUUCUCUGCACUCUUGCCCUCCUGACAGGCUUCCUGAUGAUCUGCCUGGGGGCCUUCUUCAUUUCCUCCGACUCUAUAUUCCAUUGUCAAAGAAACCUGAUCAUGGCGUAUUCACUUCUGCCUCUGGGCUUUGUGAUCCUUCUGAGUGGAAUUUUCUGGAGCACCUACCGCCAGGCCAGUGAAAACAAAGAGGUGUUCAGCCAUGCACUCAGACGAUACCUUGCUCACGGGGACCUGCCCCUGGCCACAGUGGACAGGCCAGACUUUUACCCUCCAGCUUACGAAGAGAGCCUCAAUGCCCAGAAACAUCCCUGUCCUGCAGAGGGAGAGGCCUUGGACAUUCCUCCACCUCUGUACACAGAGACGGGCUUUGAACUCCAGGGUGAAAAUGAUGCCCACCCAGAGUCCCCACCAUCCUACCAAGCGUCUGUAGCAACAUCAGAGGAUGCUGAGAGGCCCAGCCCAGCGCGGACGGCAGGACACACCCUCGUGGGAAUCAGCUGCUAAGGAGCAAGGCAGCCUGGUUCAGUGGGAGGAAAAGAGGCACCGUCGGUAGCCAGGCAGGUGCAUUUUGGGGCCUCUGGCAGAGUGUGGCUAGCACCAAGCAGACAUUUCAGAAAACUAACUCCCACUCAUCCCAAACCUUGGGAACCUUGGGGCCAGACAAGUUAAGGUGGUGCUAAGACAUUUCUGCUCAGAGCAGCAGUUUGGUGGGACUAUUCUCUCAACCUCAGUCCCAGAGAAGAAUACAUGUGGCUUGUUGGGACAGGUAUCACCUAAGAAUCAGAGAGGGAAGUGUGCUGGGAAGGAAAGAGCAUUGUCAUUUAAUUUUUGGCUCAGCAAUUUUUGUUAGCUGGCUUCACAAUGACUCCCAUGGACCACCAGAGUGACACAGUAAUUCACACUGUGGGAGAUAAAGCCUUUGGAACUCGUGACUCUGAUUUUGCAUGAUUUUAUUUUAACUUUGUGUAUUUUUUCUAUAUGAAAGGAAAGCAACCAGAAUACUCACUUUCAAAAUGUUCAAACACAAAACGUUAAGUGAGUUAUUUUUAAAAGAGUUUCUCAUAGAAGCAGAUAAAUAAGAUUUCUUACAGACUCAAAUUGAAUAGAAGAACACUUAAUUCAGAAAGCACAGAGUUGGGGGUGGGGUGGGAGAAUUUGUACCAGCCAUAGAUGGUAUUAAUUACAAGUUGAUAUAAAUCUUGUGAACUUUUCAAAAUAUUGAUGUGUAAUCCAAGGAAUUCCCCGGUAAAUCUUCAGAAUUUGAAAGAUCAGAGCCUAUACUGACACACCAAGAUUACCAGGAAAUUCUUUGUGUCUAAAGACAGAGAUCGUGACUUCUAGGCUUGGGACACUUAUUUUAAAACCCAAUAAUUCCUCCUCAGCUUCAUUAUAUUUUAUGGUAUUUUUGAUCCAAGAGGAUAAGUCAGGUGGCAGAGUGCUGGAAAGAGACACAGCCUGAUGCUUUUGAAUUUGGAUGAGGAUAUUGGUCCCUUUGGGCCUCAAUUUUCCCUACCAUGUGAGGUUUUUGUGCUGGGAUUAACCCCUGACAGUUCUGGCAUGCUUUUUAUAUGGCAGGCUCUGCUAUGAACUCUUGUGUGUUAUAUAGCCCUCAUUCCAUCCUUGAGAAAUAGGUGCUAUGAUUAUUCCCAUUUUACAGAUGCAUAAAACUGAGUCUGUGAGAAGUUAAGAAAGUUGUCCAAUAAUACACAGCAUGUUCCAGGAGGGAGGGUGAAGGAGAAUCUACAGAGAAAAGUGGGAGGAACUACUCUCUUUAGACUUCUGUGCCAGGGUAGCUGUGUCUUCUUUCUCUCCUUCCAGAGUACAGUUUGGAUUUCUCUUCCCAUUCAGAAUAUGGGCCAUAACAGAAAAUGGAGCUCUGGGGACUGACUGCAGUAUCUUCCAGCCCUGGUAGAGGCCUCAAAUGUGGCUUUAGGGUUAAUGGACUUCUCAAUUAUAAAGUAAAUAAGACUGCCUUGUUUUCUGCUGGGACCUCAUCCAAGUGUGGUUUUCCUUCAUCUGGUCAUUAUGCUAAUGACGAAGGAUGGCAUCCUGAUGGGUGACAGCCAUGGUUACUGGCACAGGAGAGAGAGGCUUUGGAUGGUUGAAAGGAAAGAUGUAGAUCUUUCAAGGAGGAGGGUUGGCAAGAUGGGAUGGCCAACCAUGGCCUCCUUGUCCCCAUCAUUACCAAGUACACAGGGCAAGUAUAUCCUCACAAAUACACAGGAAACCACAGAAAAGGAAACACUCAUCCGUAAGGCAUGGAGGUGGGACUGCGAUUUGAAUCCUUGACAACAAUGGCGUAACUAGACAUGAGGGUCAUUCAUGGUUGUCCAAUAGCAAAGCAAUUUAUUCUUUCUUUCUCGUCAUCUCUUUCCAUCCUUCAACUAAGGAACUUUCCCUGAGAGUCUAAGCAUGUUUACUGACCUGAAUAAGCAAUAUCACUGGGCUUUUACCCACAGUUUGCAUAUAUAAUAAAGGAUUUUUUUCCAACUAUGGGAAUCAGAUGGAACAAAUGUUAAUAUUAGUUUACAAAAGAAAUUGUUUUAAUCUCUUUAUGGCUAUAGAUUUUGUACUCAUUUUCUUUUUUGGUAUUUUUUUUGUAUCAGAAAAAAUUCAGUAGAGGAACAUAACUCAAAGUGCCAUUCUUCAUGUGAAACUAACACGGUAUCAAGAUGAGUUAAUCAGUCUGCAAAUCCAAACACAAUUGAACACCAACUGUUGAUUCGGAAAAUAAUCUGGAUGCUUCUAUUUCAAGAGAAAUACUACAAGAUAUUUACUGGUAUUUAAAAACAUAUGUACUCUGACUCAAGUGUUAAGAACAUGAGUAUCACCUAAAGCAAAUCCAAUAUUUGUGAUGUCUAAUUAUUAAAAUCCACUGGAUAAAUCAGAUGAAGGUGUCCUAUUGUGGUGGAUAAUAAUACUUUAGUCAUUCCCUAAUGAACUCACUCAGGGGUAAUAGAUAUUGUAUCUAGCUUUCCUUCCCAAAUUUUUGAUACAAUGCCUGAUGAUGGAUUGGGAAUUAUAAUUCCAUGAAGGGCAUUUAGACUGUGAGAAAAUGGAAAGAGGAAAUCUCCUUAUAGAAAAUCUUUGCUUGUUCCUCUUCUCAAAUGUGAAUGGUAGGCUCUCUGGGCAAUGGGAAAGGACAGUUUUCAGAGCUGAUGAUCCUCCAGUAUUAUAAUCUCAUGUUUCUUUGAGGAGCAAGUUUAAAUAACUGCCACCACUACUCAGAAGUCGAGGAUGACAAGAUCAGUUAUAAACUAUGCUGUAUCUUUUGCAGAUCUGAGAUGCACUGGGUUCACCUCUUCAUGUGAAAACUCAUGAGUGCUUCUACUAAGAAGCUUCAAGAUUCUACUUAAAUAUAUUAUCUUUGAUGAAGCAGUCCUCCUGCUCUAGCACGCAGGAAACAUGCUAGGUGCUAAAAGACAGAGAGAGAUGAUCAAGACUUGGAUUUAUAUUUCAUGUCUUCUAUCAAGUUCCAUGACAACCUAGGCUGACUCACAUACCAGUGAGUUGUCAACUGCAUGAAAUAUUUCUUCUCCAGCUGGUUGGAGUGGAAUAGGCAUUCUGCUAAGCUCCGCUGCCUUGAGUAAUCUCUUGCUCUUAGUAACUGUUGAAGGUCCAAACACUGAUUUAUCAGCAGUUACAUUACAUCAUUUCCAAAGGCACACAGUUUCUCAGACCCUUCUACACUCAGGAAUGGAAAUCUCCUCAAGGCACAGGUCUGGGAUUUCAGCCUCCACCUGUUUUGAGAGUACCCAGAACAUAAUCCAGCAACGGGACUGAGUUAUCUGCUAUGUCAUUACCCAUUUCUGCAAGUGCUUUCCAAAUUCCCCACACCUGUCAUAAUUAAUGAAUCUGGCUGCCAAAGCAAAUUUCAUGCCUUCAGUUGACCCAGGGGUGGCCAGUCAAGUCACCAUACCAUGAUCCUUGUUGUGGCUCAGCAUAGCCAGCUCUUAGCCCAAGGUGCCAACCUGGGAUUGUACACCAAUCUGAAGCUUCCUGUGCAGGAGGCAUUCAUGGCAUGUCCAAGCCCUUCAGCCUAUAACAUGUAGUAUCAUCCCAUAAAUACUGUGGAUGUACCCUGUACCUUGGAUCUGUAAGAUUUGACAAAUGAUCUCACUUUAAUGAAGGCUACCCAUUUUUUAAAUGAUAGUUAAUAAACUCAUGAAUCCUAGGUAAGGCAAAACUCCUUUUGUUCUGGGGAACUAGCUGACACACAGCAGGGUAUUGAAUGUCUAUGGUUCCCUCUUGCACACAUUGCAUUUCCAAACCCCUCCUGAGUGGGUGGGGAUACUGCCCUGAUAGAGAUUGACUACAUUAUGUAUAUUAGGGCUUGUCACCUUUCUGGAGGCACAUGUUAUAGUGAGUGAACACUCAGUGUUAUUAGAUCACCAGUGUGGCCCUAACAAUCACCAUGUUUCAUCCAUAGUCUCUUCUGAAAUUGAUUCUUGGGAUUCACACAAAAUUUCUUGGAUCUCUCAAGUCAUUUACUCAUAAAGACUAGUGGUUGGAGUUCCAUCUCUAAGAACACAAAUAACAUUAUGCGGGGGACUGAUUUCCUGUCUUCCACCUCUCCUGAGAAUAAGGCAACAGAAGCUUGAAUUUUAUGUAAGGCAGAAAUAAAAACUUGGCAAUGUGAUAUUGAGUAGGUUCUAGAAAGAAGCUGUCAUCCUAAAACCACUGAAGGACCUUCCCUUUGGCACUAUAGCUGAGAAAAAAACUUUGUAAAAGUAGAUGGUUAUGGACCUGCUUCUUUCUAUGGCUGCGCCCAAGUGCUUGCUCUCCGUGACACAUCCCCGGGUUUACCUCAACCCAGCCAUCCAAGCCGAUCUCCCACCAGACUCAAAGCAAGUCUUCUCUCAACCAAUCCUAGUUCCCAGUUCUGGUCUUUCUCCUUGCUCCUUUCACGCUAGUGAUAUUAUAUAAAUAGUUACAAAUCCCAAGAAGCCCUCUUCUUCAGGAAAACACUCAUUCCUUGUGUCUUGUCAUCUGUGAAUUCCCACAGAAUGCUUCAUAUGUCUCUAUUAUAAACAUCUAUGUCUACCUGAUUUUCUGUGAUUGUCACAGCCUCUUCUUCCUGACUUACUAAUUUAUAAGAGCAGAGUCUUAUGCAUCUCCCUACUGCACCUUAACCAGGGGUCUGCCUGAAGUUGUUGCUCAACCAAUGCUUGCUGAAUGAAUGGAUGAGUGAAUGAGUGAAUGAAUUGAAGGGUGGACAUAUAUUUGAG